AAUUUAUCCUUUUAGGAAAGAGACAAGGACUUUUGGCAAUCUCAGGAGGAAGAACGUGUUAAGAAGCUCGUUGAGGAACAUCAAGUUAGUUUAGAACACAGUAGGCGCCUGAAGAGAAUGCAGUCUGACCGCAUAGAAUUUCUAAACCAACUCAAAUCCUCGCGUCGAUCUGAAAUUGAGAAGAAGCUUAAUGAUUUCAAUGCUCGUCUUGAAGUGGAACGAAAGAAACGUCUUGCUGAGAGGAAAGAGCAGAGACGUCGUGAACGUCGAGACACUUACUACCGUAAAAAAGCAGAAGAGGAGCAACAGCGAAGGGAUGAAGAGCUCAAAAAGGCAAGAGAAGAACAGGAGAGGUUAGAAAGGGAGCAGAGAGAGAGAGAGGAACAAGAAUAUUUUGAGAGAAAAGCACAAUUAGACAGACAGGCUGAACUCCAAAGAGAACGAGAGAGAGCUAUUGAGGAAAAGCAGAGAAUGGAUGCAGGUCGCCGCAUUGGUGUUGAGGAGACAGGCUGGAGAAGGGGUCCUUCACGAGAUGAACAACGAGAAGAACCAAAAGAUGAAACACCACCACCACCUCCACCUGCUGUAUCAGGACACCCGGCACGUGAACCUGAAAGAGAAGGUGGUGAGCGUUCUGGCGUUUGGAGGGCUGGAGGAGGUGGCUGGCGAGAGAAGGAACGUGAAAAGUUGGAUGUAUGGCGCCGCAAAGAUGACGAUGCUGAUCGAGAGCCGGUACCGGAACCUAGAGACCGUGGGAAUCGUGAUAUCAGACAAGAUGAGCCACCACCACCACCCAGGGACAGAGGAAAUCGUGAUAUCAGGAGAGAUGAACCUCCAAAAGAUUUGCGUCGUGAUCGUGAAGACAGGGUUGGUUUUGGCAGAGACAGGGAAGAACGUGGUGGUGGUUUGGGCAGAGAGAGAGAAGAGCGUGGCUUUGGAAGGGAUAGAGAUGAUCGAUUUGGCAGAGACCGUGAAGAUCGUGGUGGAUUUAGUAGAGAGAGAGAUGAUCGGUUUGGCAGCAGAGAUGAAAGAGGCACUUUUGGAAGCAGAGAUGAUAGGUAAAGAACUUUUAUUUUUCAUA